AUGGCCAAGGCGCGCGAUGCUGCGGAGAACCCUCCUGCGCCGGUGGAGCUGGGCGCCGAAGAGGUGCUCAGUGCGCUCGAAGCGGCGGUGGAGGUUGGGCGCGGCGGCUUCGGCGUCGUCUAUGCGGUUGAGCUGCCUUCGCUGCCGGGCUGGGGCCGCGUCGCCGUCAAGCGAGCCCUCUCAGGGGUGGAUGCGAGGGAGGUGAUGGCCGAGGUGUCCAACUUGCGGAGGUGCGCGCACCGGGACGUAUUGCCGCUACUCGGCUACUGCGGCGCGCCACGUGCGGCUUGCAUCGUGACGGCGCUCAUGCGAGGCGGCUCGCUCGAUGACCACCUCCUGCUCUCGCCCGACGCGCGGGCGCGGCUGCAGAAGCUCGGCUUCAAGGGCACUCCGGGCCUGUCGUGGUCGCAACGACUCUCGGCGCUCUGCGACGCAGCGAGGGCGCUGGUGCACCUCCACUCGAACAGCAUUCUCCACCGCGACGUGAAGACGGCCAACAUCCUGCUCGACGGCGCGCUGCUGCCGCUGCAUACGGCGGGGGGCGAUAGGCGCGUCUACCCCGAGAUCACCCGAGAUUGCCCUAGGCGCGUCUACCGCGCCUUCCUCUCCGAUGUCGGUCUCGCCAAGGAGCGGGCGGGCGGCUCGAUGACCAUGGCGACCAAUGCUACCAGCGCCUUCUACUCGACCGGCUUCGCGGACCCGAACUUCCUCGACUCGAACCAGCACUCGGCCAAGACGGACAC